GGCCCGCCCGCUGACGUCACCUUCCAGUCCCGCCCCCUCCAGUGUCCCGGGCCCUUGCGGCGGGGGCUGGCCCGGGGGGAGUCAGUUGAAGCGGCGGGAGCUCGGCGAAGGGCGGGCCAGGUGACUGGUCCGGGCCAUGCCGAGGAAGAAGCCUUUCAGCGUGAAGCAGAAGAAGAAGCAGUUGCAGGACAAGCGGGAGCGGAAGCGAGGGCUUCAAGAUGGGCUGCGAUCCAGUUCCAACAGCCGCAGCGGGAGCCGGGAGCGGCGGGAGGAGCAGACGGACACCUCGGACGGGGAGUCUGUGACCCAUCACAUCCGCAGGCUCAACCAGCAGCCUUCCCAGGGGCUGGGCUCACGAGGCUAUGACCCAAAUCGAUACCGGCUGCAUUUUGAACGAGACAGCCGCGAGGAGGUGGAGAGGAGAAAGAGAGCAGCCCGGGAGCAAGUGCUACAGCCCAUCAGUGCUGAGCUGCUGGUGUUGGACAUCUGGGAGGUCUAUCAGCCCGGCUCCGUCCUGGACUUUCCCCGACGUCCUCCUUGGAGCUAUGAGAUGUCCAAGGAGCAACUGAUGAGCCAGGAGGAACGGAGCUUCCAGGAGUAUCUUGGGAAGAUUCAUGGGGCUUACACCUCAGAGAAACUCAGCUACUUUGAGCACAAUCUGGAGACGUGGAGGCAGCUGUGGCGAGUAUUAGAGAUGUCUGACAUUGUUCUGCUAAUUACUGAUAUCCGACAUCCAGUUGUGAAUUUCCCACCAGCACUUUAUGAGUACGUGACUGGAGAGCUAGGGCUGGCCCUGGUGCUGGUCCUGAACAAGGUGGAUCUGGCCCCGCCAGCUCUCGUGGUUGCCUGGAAGCAUUAUUUCCAUCAACACUAUCCCCAGCUCCACAUUGUUCUUUUCACCUCUUUUCCUCGGGAUCCCCGCACCCCACAGGACCCUAGCAGUGUCUUGAAGAAGAGUCGGAGGCGGGGGAGAGGAUGGACUCGGGCUCUGGGGCCGGAGCAGCUGCUGAGAGCCUGUGAAGCUAUCACUGCGGGGAAAGUGGACCUGAGCAGCUGGCGGGAGAAGAUUGCCCGGGAUGUGGCUGGAGCCACCUGGGGUAAUGGCUCCGGGGAGGAGGAGGAAGAGGAGGAUGGGCCAGCCGUCCUGGUGGAGCAGCAGACUGACUCAGCGAUGGAGCCAGCAGGCCCCACACGGGAGCGCUACAAGGAUGGGGUGGUGACCAUCGGCUGUGUGGGUUUCCCCAAUGUGGGCAAGUCCUCGCUGAUCAACGGGCUGGUGGGGCGGAAGGUCGUGAGUGUCUCCAGAACCCCGGGCCACACCCGAUACUUUCAGACCUACUUUCUGACCCCCUCCGUGAAGCUCUGUGACUGUCCAGGCCUCAUAUUCCCCUCGCUUCUGCCCAGGCAGUUGCAGGUCCUGGCAGGGGUCUACCCCAUCGCCCAAAUCCAGGAGCCAUACACCGCUGUGGGCUACCUGGCCUCCCGGGUCCCUGUGCAGGCCCUGCUCCACCUGCGCCACCCAGAGGCCGAGGACCCCUCCGCAGAACACCCGUGGUGUGCCUGGGACAUCUGUGAAGCCUGGGCAGAGAAACGUGGUUACAAGACAGCCAAGGCGGCCCGAAAUGAUGUGUACAGAGCGGCCAAUAGCCUCCUGCGGCUGGCACUGGAUGGCCGCCUCAGCCUGUGUUUUCAGCCCCCAGGCUACAGCGAGCAGAAAGGCACCUGGGAGUCCCACCCAGAGACCAUGGAGCUGGUGGUUUUGCAGGGCAGGGUGGGGCCAGCAGGUGACGAGGAGGAGGAGGAGGAGGAAGAGCUGAGCAGCUCCUGUGAGGAGGAGGGAGAGGAGGACCGGGAUGCGGAUGAGGAGGGGGAAGGGGAUGAGGACACCCCAACCUCAGCUCCAGGGUCCAGCCUGGCCGCCCGAAACCCUUACGCCCUGCUGGGCGAGGACGAGUGCUGAGUCCCUGCCCUGCUCCAUCUCCCCACCUCCCCGCCCAUAUCUUUGCUUUUGGACUGACCUGGGGGUCUCUCCCGUCUGCCACCCCAAUUGUGAAUAAAGAUUGUCUGCUUUGUAGCCCCUUCCCCAGAUGGACUGAGGUGAGAGCAGCUGUCUCAGGCUGACAGCUGUGGGAGGCUCCGCUGCUUUUCUCCCUUCUUUUUUCGUGCAUUCUCUCUGCAAAGGAAGAGUUCUCUUAGGAGUUAAUUCAGUGGGUUCUAAGGCCUGAAACCCGCUUCCUCUGCUCACUCUCCCACUUGCACCUUACGAACCCCGUCAUCAACAUGGGGAGGGGAGGUCACUUCAGGCUUUUGAGGCCUGGUCUAAAUUCAGCCCCCUUUGGGAAUUUGUGUCAGUCUCUCUGGGAUUGGAGCAGCCCCCUGUGCCCCCCCUGCUGUCAGACCUGGGUUAUACGAGGAGCUUCUGGGAGAAGAAGCAGUAAGAGAAGAUGUCACAGCUGAUGUCUCCAAGUGAGAUAUUUACAGGAUUUAUUCAAAUUCAACAAAUAUUUAUUGAGGUCUGACUGUGUGUCUGGACUUACGCUAAGCACUGAACAUAUAAAGCUGCACAAACAGGCCUGACUUAAAUAUACUGCCUGGCCGUGAUCAAGACCCCAUUAAUCAGGCAUCUAGCUUUUUGGAUUAAGAUGGGUGUAUAAUGUCCUCCAAAUCCUUAGGGCUCAUAUAGUAUAACUCUAGAACUUCCUGUUGAUGGAGGUAUUUAGUUAAGACUCGAUGCUUGUGAAAAUGUUACUUAAACGUGUAUGAGUAGUCUUAAUUACUGGCAAAAAAGUAGCAUGCACAUUUAUGAUUUGAGCAGAAGAGCCCUUUGAGUGCAGUGUCAAGUUUAACUAGUUAAAAGCCUGUAACACUAGGGGGUACUAGAUUCAUAGGGGAGGGCAUAGAGCCAGCUUCCUGAAUCCCACUUACCCUGGUUAGAGAUGGAGCCAAGGAAACCCAGUGCAGGUUCUUAGCUGGCUUACAGUGUCAGGCACAUUUCAGCAGGGGUCAGGUCUCUUGUGAGUCAGGGCACUUUAGGCCUUGCUGUACUUCUCCCUUGUCAAGCAAGCAGCUGGACUCCUAGAUUUAAUUCUUGGAGAAAAGGAAGAAUGGGCUUUGGUUUAUUGGCUGCCACAAUGUUGUCUGGGUCAGGUGGUAGCAAAAAGUGUUGUUUGAUAGGUUAGCCGUUAGGUGUAGGGGUGAGGAGAAGAGGGCGUGCCAGAUUCCUCUCUUCACUCUAAAGCAUUCUAUUCAGGUUCUGGGUCUUGGGCCAGUUUCUGUAAUUCCAGCAGAGACCCUGUCACCCCAGGAGCAAAAGAGGCUGAGGUGUUUGGGCCACACAUUUCCUCCAGUUCCCCCCUCCACUGGUCCCAGUGAGGGCAUAAAUCCUGGAAUUUGCACUCCAAUGCAAAGUUUAAAUACUACCAGCAUGUGAAUAUGCCUGAAGGUUGCCCAAAAUGUGCCGUAAAAGAGAAAAAGUUUCAGUGGAGAGAAAAACCCACCUGUCUCCCAUCUUGGGCUUUUUACCCUCAGGGCUGGGUCUUUUGAUGGAAGAAAGAGGACCCCGACUCAGCAUCCUCUGAAGGUUCAUGAUGAUCAGGGAAGCACAGGGGCCUUCUUUGCUGCUAGAGGUGGGUUGGGGACGUUGGAAUCAUCUCAAAAAGUGGAGAAAAGAAAAAUCAGAUUCUGUUUGUA